AUGGCCUCAGGUGUCCCGCCUAACUCUGGGCGCAAAAAAGCGCUUUUUUCGUCAGAGUUCCUCGCCUCAAAAUGGGCGAAGCUCUUCUUCCUCAUUGUCCUCCUGCAGGCUUUAGCCUGUGUCGCUUUUGAAUCAUAUGUGUUUGGGAGGUUCCAAUUCACCAUUUUCGUCUACGCCAUCCUUCAGAUCGAUCAAAUCAACAAUUCGAUCGACGUGCUGCUGCGAGAGAACGCCUUGAAGCCGGAUGAAGAGGAUAGGAACGUCUGGGCGCUCUGCAAGCCCUUCCUCAUCGCUGUCCCGGCUGUCGUAGGCGUCGUCACCGUCAUCAUGGGUGGCCUCGCCUACCAGCUCUACCGAGAGUUUGCCUGGGAUAUUCUUAAGCAGAUUGGUGCUGACUACCGCAUGAAGAAGCGCUUCCUGCACUAUCAGAUUUACAUUGCCCUGCUGAAGUUCGAUUUCUUCUUCUUCCUCGGCUUCACUGUUCAGUUCCUCGUCAUUGUCAACGGCCUAAACGAAGUCGAGCUGGGCCUGCACGUGGCCGCCAUCCCGAUCACCAUCGCCAUCCUGCUCUGCGCCGCCUUCUUUACCCGACGCGAGAACCGGAUCGGAGUUUGUUUCGUUAUCCUCCUUUAUUUCGGCGGUCUAGCCUACUUUUUCUUCAAGCUCGUGCGCAUCUACCAGCCGGGCCAUAGCCAGGACUACGACGCCGUUCGACGGUCGCUGACGGCCUUCGCCGUUCUCACCAUUAUCCUAAUUAUCCUGACCAUCAUCAACGGUUUCAUUUGCAUGAGCAACUUUGGCGCCGGCCUUAAGGCCCACCUUCUCAGACCCACCGCCCCCGACCCGGAGAAGGAAGAUGCCAACUCGUACCAGAUGAACGACCAGAAACCGACAUUGCCGAGUCGGAUGACCAUCGACUAG